GGGUGGGGCGGCCAUGGACCGGUUCUUGUGGACCAGCGGCCUCCUGGAGAUCAACGAGACCCUAGUGAUCCAGCAGCGCGGGGUGCGCAUCUACGACGGCGAGGAGAAGAUCAAAUUUGAUGCUGGGACCCUUCUUCUUAGUACACAUCGACUGAUUUGGAGAGAUCAGAGGAAUCAUGAAUGCUGCAUGGCCAUUCCUCUUUCUCAAAUUGUGUUCAUUGAAGAGCAGGCAGCUGGAAUUGGGAAGAGUGCCAAAAUAGUGGUACAUCUCCAUCCAGCACCUGCUAAUAAGGAACCUGGUCCCUUCCAGAGCAGUAAGAAUUCUUACAUCAAACUCUCCUUCAAAGAACAUGGUCAGAUUGAGUUUUACAGACGCUUGUCAGAGGAAAUGACACAGAGAAGAUGGGAGAAUAUGCCCGUUUCCCAGUCAUUCCAAGCAAAUAGAGGACCCCAGCCAGGAAGAAUAAGGGCUGUAGGAAUUGUAGGCAUUGAAAGGAAACUAGAAGAAAAAAGAAAAGAAACUGACAAAAAUAUUUCUGAGGCCUUUGAAGACCUCAGCAAGCUCAUGAUCAAGGCUAAGGAGAUGGUAGAGUUAUCAAAAUCAAUUGCUAAUAAAAUAAAAGACAAACAAGGUGACAUCACAGAAGAUGAGACCAUCAGGUUUAAAUCCUACUUGUUGAGCAUGGGGAUAGCUAACCCCGUUACCAGGGAGACCUACGGCUCAGGCACCCAGUACCACAUGCAGCUGGCCAAACAGUUGGUUGGAAUACUGCAGGUGCCUUUAGAGGAACGAGGGGGAAUAAUGUCACUUACAGAGGUGUACUGCUUAGUUAACCGUGCUCGAGGAAUGGAAUUGCUCUCACCGGAAGAUUUGGUGAACGCAUGCAAAAUGCUGGAUGCGCUGAAAUUACCUCUCAGGCUCCGAGUUUUUGACAGUGGUGUCAUGGUCAUUGAGCUUCAGUCCCACAAGGAAGAGGAAAUGGUGGCCUCGGCCCUGGAGACGGUUUCAGAAAAAGGAUCCUUAACAUCAGAGGAGUUUGCCAAGCUUGUGGGAAUGUCUGUCCUUCUUGCCAAAGAAAGGUUGCUUCUUGCAGAGAAGAUGGGCCACCUUUGCCGAGAUGACUCCGUGGAAGGCUUGCGGUUUUAUCCAAAUUUAUUUAUGACACAGAGCUAA